CAGGCUAUCGAUCUGCCAUUGAGCGCGCGCUGUUUACUUGGGCUCUGCAAUUUUCUCUGAUACUUGCCUUUUUAUGCAAUGCGAUCGUUAACCAAGCUCCAGUCUGUACUCAUUGUUGCUGGUGGUUUCGUUUGCUACUUCCUCGCGGACGGCUACACUUAUUCAAUUGGCAUACUCUAUUCACAUCUCCUGUCAACCUUCCAGAUAAGCAGUUCCUCAGCUGCGGCUCUUCCCGGACUACUUUACUCAGUGCCUCAGUUCACGGCAAUAUUUUUAUGCCCCUUGCUUGACACCUACGGGUACUCUUCUGGCGCUGCCUGGGGAGCGAUUCUCUUAUGCAUCAGUUCUUUGGGUACUCUGCGAUCUUUCUCUAUCUUCUCCUACUUUAGCCUCUGCCUUUGCUCCAAAUAUCUACGUCCUGUACUUCACCCUCGGUGCAGUAGCUAGUGUCGGACUGCAGCUGACCUAUUCAUCUGCAAUUAUGGCGGUCACGGAUGCAUUCAAAAGUGCGAAACUGUUUGGCCUAGCAGUGGGUUUGACAAUGUGCGGUUCUGGCGUCGGUUCUUUCUCCGCCAAUCCGUUUAUCGCAUGGAUGUUGGAAUCAUGGACUUGGAGGGAGUUGAUGUUGAUUGAAAGCGCCAUUCUGUUGCACUCCAUGGUGUCAGCAUCUUGCUUUCAUCAUUUAGACGCGAUCAACUUCCGCAACAGAGCUAAUACGCUACUGGAGACUAAGAAUGAUGCUGUAGAAGCCCACCCAGAAGAUGUGGAGGGAUUGGCUAUGACUGAGAUAAACGACUAUGCACUUGAAGACGACACAGAGGAAAAGGUGCGCACCCAGUGUUGUGCAAGGUCUUGUUGCAUUGAAACAGUCUGGUCAUUUCUCCGCUAUAUCUUGUGCCUUCCGUCCCGUUACCGGUUUAAACAAGAUUCUCUUCAGAGAAAAUCCCAACUAACCUCGAUUUACGAAUUCGAAGAAGCGUCCCACGAUGACUCUUGUGUCGAAUUCUGGAACGCCUUUACUGUCAGUCUGAAGCAACUAGUUUCCACCGGAUUAUGGAGAAAUCCGGAUUUCCUAGCCUACAUUAUUGCAAAUUCAUUGACUGGUCUGGGUGUGGUGAUUCCGUGGACAUUUAUUUACGAUCAUUGUCUGAUUUCGUUGAGCCGAGACGGGGAGUUGGACCAUUUGAAUGCCAGCCACGUUUCUUGGCUACCAGCUCUUAUUGGACUAGGAUCGCUUUCCGGUCAGAUUUUCUUCGGACUUGUCACUUCGCGCUUCUGCAAUUGCUUGUCUAAGCACAGUUCUCCUGAACCUGGUUCGGAACUCGCUGUACCUAUCCACAACCCUUGCUCCCGAUUCUUUCGUCACGUGCAGGCUCGUUCGCGCUGUUUUUUACUGUUCGCCGGAGUUCUCGCAUGGAAUGGUUUGACCACUCUGUUGAUCGCAUUGCUUCCAUUCGAUCAACUGGCAACUCAAGUAUCUUCGUCCGUUUCAUUCUUCCAGUUUCCCAUCGGAAUUACAAUGGGCGCCGCCUGCUUUCUGACGGGUAUCUCCUACGGUGGUCUGUAUGUGUUGUACCCACAGAUUUUGAUGCAGACAGUUGGUGAACAGCUAUGGGCUGCCGGAUUGGGCGUCUUCCUCUUUCUGAAUGGCGCAAUGAACUUGGUCGGCACGACCAUAAGCGGCCGUCUGUUCGAUAGCACUGGCUCGUACACUCCGGCAUUUCUCGUAGCCGCCUGCAUUCCCUUCGUUGGCUUGUUGGUGCUCGCUAUAGAACAACUUGUGCAGUAUCAAUUCACAAGAGGUGUUCGACGUCACAGCACAACGUCGGCUUAA